AUGUCAUCCUCGACCCCCUCCCCGUCUCUGCAACAAUUCCUGGACCUCCUCGACGCAGGCGACUACUACGGCGCCCACCAAAAAGCGCGUACGAGCGCAACCCGCCUACUCGCCCCACCUCGUCGUACCGCAACCCCCGCACCACCAUCAUCCAAGAACGCAUCCUCAGCCGAGCCUCUCCCCUUUGAUUCGAAAGCCCAGCAAGCGAGCGAGUUGUUGUGGCAAGCGAGUCGCAAGCUGAUGGAGCAGGCGCAGAUCGGCAGUGGGGUCGAUUUGGCGAUCUAUCUAUUGGACAUUUACAAGACCAGGAAUGUCGGAUGUGGACCCGAGGAGAGAGGUGAGUUCAGAGUCUAUCACGAUGACAUCCCUUGGUAGUGGGUGGGGACGGAGUACUCCCCAGGAAGGCGCGUGCAAGCCCUCGGAGCGCCACGUUGCAGAGGAAGGGAGCCGCACGGGCGACUAGAAGCAACCCUGAUAACCUUGGGUACAAUCACCAGAGUCGCAAUGGACAAAACCACUGACCAAUGGUACGCCCUCGGAAUCGCGCAGCCAAGAUGCUGCAAUUGAUCGCGCUGACCGGACCUGCCGGAGCCUGGCGCAAGACCUUGACCGACAACAUCUUCAGGUCAGCCUUGUCCAUCCUUACGUGGAGGUGGAGGAUGCGGCCGACCGUACUGAAGCAAUACUUCCCUACAGUUGGUCGUCGAAAACUGGUGUCGCCGAAUCGGGUGAUCCCGAGAUUCACCUCUACCUCGGUCAAUUGCUCUACAAAGGUCCGUCAAGCUCCUCUCCUCCUUGGGCACACAACAGCGGCUAACAUUCCCUCGUCCUCCCCCAGAACAAAAGUACCACAACGCAUCCCUGCACCUCCUCUUGGUCCCGACCCAAGACUCUGCCCGCACGCUCGCGGAAGUCAUGUUCGCCUGGUCCCAACUCGACCCAAGCGGCCUCAACGGACUGGGUCGCUACGCCGCGCGAGCGACGUUAUCCUACCUCGAAUCGCACGCCAUCCUCGCCGCUCGCACCUUCCUCUCUCAUUUCCUCUCCUCCGCACUCAAAACUUACCCCGAUCUCUUGGUCAAAUCCAUACCUUACCCUUCGCCUACUUCACCUUUGGGGAAGAAUCUCCCCUCUUCCGAACAAGGCGACGAAUUGAUCCUGACCAAGUUGCAAUCGUUGAAUUUCUUGCAAUUGGCCAUAAGGACGAUCCAAGUCGGCGCGGGGGAGACCGUCGAUAAGUACGGAGGGGCGAAUGGGGGAGUCAAGAAGGAGGUGAGGGGGGAGGGAAGAGUAAUUGGGUCAAGAUGUGCGCCAGGUACGAGAAGGAGGUGCAAUGGUUCAACAAGAGUCCCGAGAUCAAAGAGGUAAGCACGGUGGAUUAUACUUACUUUUUCAACAUCGAGUGUUGGUGAAAGAGAGCAAUUCGCUAAAUUAACCGUCCCGUCGAGGUUUUACAGAGUUUGCAAGAGUUGGGCAUCAUGUACUUUGAGAUCAAGCCGCCUCAACAGGCGAGCAAUCCUUUUGCGGCGAUGAUGUCGGGCCUGUUGGGAGGAGGUGGGGGAGCCCCGGCUUUGGGACGGUGA